GUAGGGCAGGUGUCGGGGGGGCGGCCGGGAUCGGAGGUGGCCGGGCGCAGGCCGACCUGAGUCUCUGAGAGCAGCGGGCGUGGGGCCCGGCGGCGGCCAUUCUGCGUGAACACCCCUCACGGGGGUCCGGCGGCCCCGUCCGCCUGCGCUUUAGGAAUAAAUACCUCGUCCUCUGGGCUCCGCCACAGGUAUUCACGGAAACUCUCGGCGGGUGUGGUGGAACACCUCCUCCGGGCGGGGUCCUGGCUGACUGUCCCCUAAAGGCUGGUUGCUUCUCUGUGGAGUCGGCGCUCCGAAGACUUUGACCAGAAUCCAGAGAAUGGGCCAUAGGCAUCCACCUUAAAGCUGGUGUAUAAGAAGACAUGGUUUCCACCUCACUGCCAUAAGCACAUCUAAGUUUAAGUCCUUUUUGGAUUUGUAUCUUACACCACAAUGCAGCAAGCUCUAGAACAAGCUUUGGAUCGUGCAGAGUAUAUUGUAGAAAGUGCUCGGCAGAGACCUCCUAAAAGGAAAUACCUAUCCAGUGGAAGAAAGUCUAUAUUCCAAAAGCUUUAUGACUUAUAUGUUGAAGAAUGUGAAAAAGAACCUGAGGUUAAGCAGAAAUUAAGAAGAAACGUGAACUUGUUAGAGAAGCUUGUUAUGCAAGAGACUUUGUCAUGUUUAGUGGUCAACCUAUACCCAGGAAAUGAGGGUUAUUCUCUGAUGCUCAGGGGGAAAAACGGAUCAGAUUCUGAGACCAUCAGAUUGCCUUAUGAGGAAGGGGAACUGCUUGAAUAUUUAGAUGCAGAAGAACUACCUCCUAUUUUGGUUGAUCUCCUUGAAAAAUCACAGGUUAAUAUUUUUCACUGUGGAUGUGUGAUAGCAGAAAUCCGUGACUAUAGGCAGUCCAGUAAUAUGAAGUCUCCCGGUUACCAAAGUAGGCAUAUUCUCUUACGUCCAACUAUGCAGACUUUAGUCUGUGAUGUCCAUUCUAUAACAAGUGACAACCAUAAAUGGACCCAGGAAGACAAACUUUUGCUUGAGAGCCAGCUGAUUCUAGCUACAGCAGAACCACUGUGUCUUGACCCCUCUGUGGCAGUAGCGUGUACUGCAAAUAGGUUGCUCUAUAACCGGCAAAAGAUGAACACUCGCCCAAUGAAACGGUGUUUGAAGAGGUACUCCAGGUCCUCCCUGAACCGGCAGCAGGACCUGUCUCAUUGUCCUCCUCCUCCUCAGCUGCGAUUACUUGAUUUCUUACAAAAACGGAAAGAAAGGAAAGCAGGUCAGCAUUAUGACCUCAAAAUUUCUAAAGCAGGAAAUUGUGUAGACAUGUGGAAACGGAGCCCCUGUAACUUGGCCGUGCCUUCUGAAGUAGAUGUGGAGAAAUACGCUAAAGUAGAAAAAUCCAUCAAAUCUGAUGACUCCCAACCAACAGUCUGGCCAGCUCAUGAUGUAAAAGACGAUUAUGUAUUUGAAUGUGAAGGUGGUAAUCAGUAUCAGAAAACAAAGCUGACCAUCUUACAGUCUCUUGGUGAUCCACUUUACUAUGGUAAAAUCCAGCCGUGGAAAGCAGAUGAAGAAAAUGACAGCCAAAUGUCUCCAUCCCACUCCUCCGCAGAUGAUCAUUCAAAUUGGUUUAUUAUUGGGUCAAAGACUGAUGCGGAGAGGGUAGUUAAUCAGUACCAGGAGUUGGUCCAGAAUGAAGCUAAAUGCCCAGUGAAGAUGUCACACAGCUCUAGUGGUUCUGCCAGUCUCAAUCCCGGGGAGGAGACAGAACAGUCCGAGACCGUGUCCAUCCAGUCUUCAGUUUUGGGGAAGGGAGUAAAACACCGCCCUCCGCCCAUUAAACUUCCCUCAAGCUCAGGAAAUAGUUCCUCAGGUAACUACUUUACAGCACAACAGGCAAGCAGCUUUCUUAAAUCUCCAACUCCUCCUCCAUCAUCUAAGCCAAGUCUUUCUCGGAAAUCAUCUGUGGAUCUCAAUCAAGUUAGCAUGCUUUCUCCUGCCGCCCUGUCACCUGCCAGCUCAUCACAGAGAUCUGGAACUCCUAAGCCAUCUACUCCUACACCAACCCCUUCAUCGGCCCCACACUCUCCUGAUGCUCAGAACUCAACUCCUAGUACCCCUUCAGCCACCCCAUCUCCCCAAGAUUCAGGCUUCACCCCUCAGCCCACUUUGUUAACUCAGUUUGCUCAGCAGCAAAGGGCUCUGAGCCAGGCAAUGCCUGUGACAACCAUUCCUCUUUCUACCAUGGUAACAUCUAUAACAACAGGAAGCACGGUCUCCCCGGUCAUGGCAGACUCUGCUGGGCUUAACUCCAUCAGUAUAGUGAGCUCUGCUGGUGGAGCCCAGGCUCUGCAGAGUGGCUCAAACUCCAUGCUGGGCUGUGACACUGGUGCCAUAACUCCUGCAGGAAAAAGCCUGUGCAGCAGCCUUCUGCCAUCAGGAGAUCUCUUAAGAAAUGCACCACUCAGUGCCAUGCAGGCAACUCCUCAAGCAGGGAUCCCGUUUGGCUUAAAAAAUACUUCAAGUCUCAGGCCUUUAAAUCUUCUCCAGCUUCCUGGUGGUUCACUCAUUUUCAACACCCAGCAGCAACAGCAGCAGCUGCAGCUCUCUCACUUUGUACAGCCUCAGCAGCCUACAGCUUCAAGUCCCCAGCAGCCAGAGGAGCAGUGUUCUGAACAAGGUCUAACUGCUCAAGAACAGGCCUUAACUGCUCAGCAAGCUGCUGUUAUUAACCUUGCUGGAAUAGGAGGCUUUACCCAGUCACAGGCAACUGUGUUGUCUCAGCUUGGCUCUGCUGAGAACAGACCUGAGCAAAGUCUUCCUCCGCAGACACUCCAGCCCUCCUCUGCCUUUCAGCAGCAGCACCAGCACCAGCACCAGCACCAGCAGCUACAACAGUUGCGAUUCUUGCAGCAUCAAAUGGCUAUGGCAGCAGCUGCUGCACAAACAGCCCAGCUACAUCGUCACCGGCACGCAGGCGGCCAGUCAAAGAGUAAAAUGAAGAGAGGCAUGCCAACUACUCCAAAAUUCUGAGUUACUUUUUUCUUUUUUACAAACACAAGACCACUGAAUGAAAAGAAUUCUAUUUCUACUCAUUUUCUCCCUAAGAUGCCAGUAUUUUCCAUUGAUAAUGUGCACACUUUAUACAGAAGCACACACUGUGAUUCUUAUGUGGAGAAUGUUUUCUUACAUGGUUAAAUGUUUCCCUAUACAUACCAGCUACAGAAAUAAUGUUAAGUACGAGAAAUAGCUUUCAAAAGAAUGUAAUUUGGUAUUUAUUUAGUAUAAAAAGCCUGUGCACAGUACAACAAAUACAAUUUUUACAGCUCUGUUUUUCAA